AUGGCCGCAUCUUCUCCAACCGAAACCCUAAACCCUCCCUCAACCCUCACUAACCAUCUCCAAACCAACGGCCAAGACUCCUCGGACAAACCGACUCAACAACCUUCGAAUAUUCAAUCAGCGGACUUAAUCGAACCAUCCCAGAAACGAAAGCGGGUGGACACACCAGAAGACAACCCAGAAGGGCCCAAAAGUUCUCUUCAUCCUCUGUGGAAGACAAGCCUCUGUUCGUACUUUAGAAGGUCGAAUGGGUCGUGUAGCCACGGUGAGUCGUGCCGGUACGCCCACGGCGAGGGGGAGCUCCGGCAACGGGCCGAUGGCACGUGGGACCCGACUUCGGAGAGGGCUAAGGAGAUGUUGAAGACGGAGAAUGGAGAGAGAAUUGAAGGUACAGGAGAGUCGGUGUUGAGAGAGAAUGAUGAGGUGAUGAUGACGGAGGCAUUCGCGGAGGAGUCCUGUUCGGAGCCGGCGUUGGCCAAGUGCUUGGUGAAUCUUCCGAUGAAGUGGAGUUCUGACAAUUUGAGGAGUUUUCUUGGUGAACAGGGAAUUCUCUAUAAAUCAGCCAAGAAAAAGAAAGGCAUGAUUGUAGGUUUUGUGAGUUUUGAAAAUGCUGAACAAGUGAAAAGCGGAGUGGAGGAAAUGGACGGAAAAUUUGUUGGCAACAAGAAGUUAAAGGUUGCAGAUGUCACCCCCCGACCAUUUGAGAAGAAAAAUAAAGUGCCGUUACCUCCCGCAUAUGGCACCCAACAGAACCUGAAACCAGCAACUGCUAGUGACAGUGCGGACGUCUCUGAAUCUUUAAGUGGGUUUGAAGAUGAUGAUCCAACUAAUGACAGUUUAAUGCCUGGCAGUUCAGAUCUAAAGGGUAGAAGUGUCCGUAAUGCAGUGACUCCACUUGCUCAUUUGCCCUAUGUUGAUCAGCUUGAGCACAAGAAGAACACUCUUGUGCAAAUGCUCAAAAAACUUACUCGGAAUGCACGUAAAGCUUGUCCAAAUGGUGUUUCACUUCCAGAAUGGAUCCUAAAAUCUAGAGAAAUAGGUGGUCUUCCAUGCAAUCUAGAGGGUAUACUUGAAUCCCCACAAGUGAAUGGAUACCGUAACAAGUGUGAAUUCUCUGUUGGAUACUCUCUACAGGGCAAACCUACUGUUGGGUUUUUGCUUGGCAAUUUCAGGGAGGGGGUAACAGCUGUUGAAGAGCCUGUCAACUGUCCCAAUGUUUCUGGGAUUGCUUGCAAAUAUGCUGCAAUUUUUCAAGAAUUUCUACAGCAUUCGGGCUUGCCUAUUUGGAACAGAUUGAAUAAUACUGGAUUCUGGCGGCAACUAACAGUUCGUGAAGGAAGGGCGCCAGCCAAGGGUACUGGGAUUGAAAGUACUAGGGCCGAUACUGUAGAGGUCCUGCUAAUGGUACAGGUUUGCACCAAGGGCUUUGAUGAUGAACUAACAAACAGUGAACUACAAAGGAUGGCUGAAGCAUUCUCAGUGGGUGCUUCUGCUGAUUCCUCUUCUUUGCCUCUGACGGCAUUGGUACUUCAGGAUCACCAAGGAAUAUCCAAUGCGGCGCCAGCUGAUUGUCCAUUGCAUUCCCUUCCCAUUCCAAAAGCAAAAAGUGAUUCUAUACUAGAGGCUGCAAAUGAUGUUGUCGAAGCAAGAAUUCAUGAUUAUAUAAGCAAUCUAAGGUUUUCUAUAUCCCCUACCGCCUUCUUUCAAGUUAACACCCUUGCAGCAGAGAAGCUGUAUGCCCUUGCUGGGGAUUGGGCCAGUUUGGGUCCUGAUACCUUGCUUUUCGAUAUAUGCUGUGGGACCGGAACGAUUGGCCUGACAUUGGCCCAUCGCGUGGGUAUGGUCGUUGGCAUUGAAAUGAAUGCCUCUGCAGUUUCAGAUGCUCUCAGGAAUGCUCAAAUUAACGGGAUUAAAAACUGCAGAUUUAUCUGUGCAAAGGCAGAAGAUGUAAUGGGGUCUCUACUGAAAGAGUACCUAAAUGGGCCCCAGAAACAAGAUGAAAUUUCAGAUUCAUCUGGAAAGAUUGAUGAAGAAAUUGCUAAAGCAGAAGAGAAUGAUUCUUCAGAAAAUACACCUGGUCCUGAAGUGAGCUCAGGUCUUGAGCUUGAAUAUGGUGAACGAGUGCUUGAGUUUUCCGACAAUGGCAACCAAGAAUUUGAAAACCAACUUCAGAAGAGGGGCACCUCAGAAAGUGGGAAUACUCCAAUGCACCAAUUUAAAAAUGUUGUUGCUAUUGUGGAUCCUCCACGUGUUGGACUUCAUCCUACUGUAAGUAACCGAGAGCUUUAUAUUAUGCGUGGAGUGUUCUAUAUACAAAAUUUUGGAUUCCAUAUUUACACAUAA